AUGUACACAAUUUUUUCAAUCGUAAACCGCCCCAUUCAAAUUACUACUUUAGCUCGCUCGGUGCCGUCUGUAUCCUUAGACACUACCACAAUACACUUCGAUCAGCCUGUGUGGGAUAACGCUGAACUACGGGAAGAACUGCUAGACUCCGAAGAAGAAUAUGCUUUGGAUGCUGACCCGCCGUCUCUUCGUGAAGAUUCUUUGGUUGUUGACGAUAUACUAAGGGAGACAACACAUCCAUUAGAUUCAAAUCCUAUCGAGCAUGAAAGAAAAGACGAAAUGAUCUCGGGAUGGAGCUCAGAUGAAAACGACUUCUCAAAUUUGGACCUUACACAAACAAGGAAAGCCGACAUGAUCGUGAGCAAGAAAGGAAUGUAUGUCAAUCCACACGCUGCUUUCUAUAUCUAG